AUGGAUGUUCAUUCUUUCGAAAGAGUAAAAGAAAAAUGGGAUGUUAUUUUUAAAGAUCCACUACUUUCAUUAACAAGUCUUCGUGAAAAAGCAAUCAAAGGAAAUGUUUGUUCACAAAGUUUAAGAUCCGUUUGCUGGAAAUUAUAUUUAUCUUAUUUACCUAGUCCAGACAUAUCUACUUGGACUCUAACUCUUCAUAAGGAACGACAGCAUUAUGCAGAUCUUCGUCAAAAAUAUAUUACCAAUCCGAACACAGAGUCUGAUAAUGAUAUUAUGGAUGAUUUAACUGUUAACAAUCCUUUAUCUUUAGACCAAGCUAACCCUUGGCAAGAAUAUUUUAAAGAUACUGAAUUAAGAAAAAUUAUAAAACAAGAUGUUGAAAGAACAUUCCCUGAUAAUGAAUAUUUUCGUACUCCAGAAACUCAAAGCCGUCUUCUUGAUAUACUUUUUAUUUAUUGUAAAAUGAACACUGAUGUUUCAUAUCGUCAAGGAAUGCAUGAACUCUUAGCUCCUAUUUUAUGGGUAGUUGAUCAUGAAAGUAUAUCUGGUGCAGACGGAUUUGCAAUGGAGAACAGUGAAGACUCGAUCAUUAAACAGACAUUGAAUUCUGAUUAUGUGGAACAUGACAGUUUUGUAUUGUUCUCUGCUCUUAUGAAAGCUGCUAAAUUAUAUUAUGAAUAUAAUGAUGAAAUAUUUAAUCGUAAACUUGUUAAGCGUCCUAAUACAUCUGAAUCAGAUAAUGCGAGGUUGAUUAAAGAAGCUCAAAAUGAAGUUGCUAAGCUUACACCUGUUGUGGUUAAAUGUAAUAAAAUAUUUAACGAAUAUCUUAAAACGUUUGAUUUUGAAUUAUACGAACAUUUGUCAAAUUUGGAAAUAGAACCUCAACUUUAUGGAAUACGAUGGAUAAGGCUUCUUUUUGGUCGCGAAUUUCCAUUGAAUAAAGUUCUUAUUUUAUGGGAUGGAAUGUUUGCUGAAGAUCCUACAUUAAGAAUUGUAGACUUUGUUUGUAUAGCUAUGAUAUUACAUGUUCGUGAUGAACUGUUAGAAUCAGAUUUUACAGGAUGUUUGAGUAUGUUGAUGGCAUAUCCACCAAUAGAUGAUGUACAAUUAUUAGUGCCUCAAGCAAUUCAUCUUCGUGAUCAUUUAUCACCUGAAGGUGGUGCUUACAUCAUUUCAGAGAAUGCAUUAAGAGUUGGUAAGCCUUUACCAGCACCAUAUCAAGUAUAUGAACAUAGUCGAAGUGAAAGUAUUGUUCCAGAUGGAUUUGUUCAUGUUACUAAAAAUGUUUUGGAAAGCCGUAGUGCUGCUGUUUUGAAUAAAGCUAUUUUAACUGCUGUAGGUGAAGUAAAGAAAAAUGUUUUACGUCGUUCUGAUGUACAACAAAAUUAUGAUGAAACACUUUCGGAACUAUCAAAAUUACGUGAACAGAAUCAUAAUUUUAGUAUAGUGGUUAAUCAAACAGAUGUAGAAAAAAUUUAUAAAAAUUCAGAUGAUUCAACGUCGCACCGAUUAAAAUAUAUGAGAGAUGUGUUGAAUGGAACUUUAAAAGAUUCCAAUCAAAACUUUGAUGUAAAUUAUAAUCAUAAUGGACCGGAAGAUCAUGAUCAUUGGGAAGUGGUUGAUGAUGGUGUUAGUGUGGUUAGUGUUGCUGGAACUGAAGACGAAACUGCAUUUGUUAGCAAAGAAUCUAAAUUUGUUCCUAGCAGUAGUAAUAGUAGCACUGUUAAUUCAAAUGUUGGCAGUAAAUCAAUGAUUAAUAAUAAUCAUAUUCAAACAAAAAGAUUACCAUCACCACCAUUGCCACCAUUGCCGCCACCGUCAUCCAAUUCAAUUCAACAAAAACAAUCACCUGCAUCAGUUGUUAUUCCAAAAUCACGACUUAAACUAGAAGAUAUCCUAAAUGAUGUAGAUAAUGAUUCUUCAACCGGAUUCUCAAAAUCUUCCAUUGCAUCAAAUUCCAAAUACAGCUGGAUGAUUGAAGGUUGCAUUGAUGAAGAUGAUAAUUCUUUGUUUAACCCAAAAAGAUCUAGUAUAACUAGUAUAAAUAGUCUUUCAAGUUUUGCAUCAUUAAACAUUGAAAAUUAUAUUGAUGAUGAAUCUUUUAAAAAAAAUCCAUUUCCAUUGAUUGCAACAUCUACUACAACUUCAAAUUCAAUUUAUUCUGGAAAAGUUGACCCGUUAGGGGCAACAACACCUAACUCAUCAAAAAUUGAUGUCCAUGAAACAAGUGAAGCAAUAAACAACGCAAGAAAAUCUAAUUAUACUGCAUCUCCUACCGCUCCUGUAGAUGAUCCUUUGGGAGUUCUGUAA